GGCAAGCUAAGAUAGCCUUGAAGCAAGAUAACACUUUUGGUAACUGACCGCGUUUGUUUCAAGGUUUGCGUCACAGGAAUGGAUGACUUGUACCAUUUAAUGGACCAGAAACAUUUAUUUAUCGACUACAGUCAGUCGGAGAUCAAAGACAUCACCAAGGCAGUAAGGGUGUUACUCACAAGAGUGAUAAGCUGCUUCAACGCUAGAAAUGAUAAGUAUUUCAUCACUGGUUUCGUUCCGGGUGGAAGCAUGGUGGAAAGGGCAAGGAUAUGGGAAAACCAGGCAUAUCCGAUGAUAGAGUUUGAUUUUCUUGUUUUGUUGCAAUAUCGGUACGAGACGCAGCACGUUGGUUAUGGAUGUCCUGGGCACUUGAAAAUCUUGAAUUUCCAAACAAACAAAGGGUCUGAUGGCCGUUACCAAAUGAGAGAAGAGGAUCUGACGCCUGGUGAUGUUGUAAAGGACCAUUAUAGAACGUUACUCAAGAUUCUGGCAGAUGCGUGUAAAAGAUGCGACGGCGGCCAUAUUUGUUGUGUGAAAAAGGAGGCGUAUAUGCCCUGUACAUGUUUAAAGGUAGACACCGAAUCAGGCUGGCUGGAACUUGUUGGUCUAGAUAACGAAUCAAAAGGGUAUUUGAAACCCAUUGUAAUGAAGUGGAACAGUAAAGUAAAAACCUUGAUAAAACCAGACAUAUCAAAACAAAUUGAUAUUAAUGAAACAAGUCCGAGCGAGGUUACGAUCAUGGCGGACUUCAUUCCAGGAUUCAAGUUCAGCCGCUUGAAAAUUCCGGAAGUCUUCGGUUAUAACUUUCCACAUUUUCCGAAAAACAUUGAAAAACCUGACCACUUCUAUCUAGUGCCGAAGCACUGCAGUAAAAACCAUUCCACUUGCUGGCGAAUAUCCUACUGCGCAACGGAAGUGAAAUCCAUGGUGUCUACUUCACAGAAGCACCGCGAUGCUUACAAAAUGAUUAAGGUUUUCAAAAACUAUGCUUUAGACAAUACAAUUUUGUCCACUUACUGUAUGAAGUCAGUUGUAUUGCGCCAUAUUGACAACUGUGAGCACGUGGACCACUUAAUGGAGCCGUGUUUGAUUGAAAUGCUCGAGUAUACAAGAACAUGUUUUAAGCAGAAGGCUUUGCCUCAUUUUGUCUUAGGGCACAAUUUGUUGGAGGGAAAGGUCUACUUUAAGAACGGAAAACAAGAGAAAAUAUUUCUAAAUAAAUUUAAAACAUUGAUUCGGUUACUGAAGACGGAUAAGUUCGCUUCGCUCCUCCAAGACAGUGCAGUUAAAGACAAUUCGGCGAAAAUAAAAUCUGCGCUGCUUCAAAUAGCAGACUUGCUGACGGACCAUAGAAAAUAUUAGCAUACAGGUUAAGGUUUCAAAAAUCUUACUUUAAUUUUGUCAUUUCAUAUUCUCCGCAAGUUUUAAAUGUGAUCUAUAGAGCCCAAACUUGAUCAUUAUUUUUUUCGAAACCCUCUGAAAUGUAAAUACAAAUGUAGAUCUGUUGUACAGUGCAAUUUUUGCUAUGACUUAAACAAACACGUUUGAUGUUUUCAUAGUACAUGUAUAUUUCGGCUGCAAAGCUGCAAGUGUAUAUUGUGCUUUUUUUAUGAAGUCAAUAUUAGGAUUUAUCGCUAUCGAGGUCGGCCCAAGGGUGCUAUCAUUUUUCCCAGGUCGAUAAAUUCUAAUACUGACUGAACCUAAAAGGGAACAAGUUUAUAUUAAUAAAUCAUACAAGUCGAAAGCUACUUGAGAAAGAAGCAGUUCAUAUUCAAACACAAUGUUGGAAAAUCGACCGAGUCCCUUUCAUAUGGUAUCUCAAUGCUGGGCUUGCAGUUUGUCGCCGGCGGCAAGAUGUAUGCACUACUGAUAUCAAUUUCGAGUAACAAUCUUAUAACUAUUUGAUCAAU